GGGAUAAAUUACCUACCAAAAGUUCUCAAUUCAACACAAAAUAACCCUAAAAUCUCUCAAUCUUUUGCAAAUUUCAAAAUUUGGCCGAGUCAAAGAAAUCAAGUGAUUCUCUGAUCCGAUUCCGGCGAAAGAGGACGAAACAAACGGAACUUGUUCAUCAUCUUCUCCAGAAAAUGACGUCGUUUCAGGUGAUGCGGUCUACAAACUCUAGAAACUCGGAUCUAUCUCGUUCGUCUAUAAGACCUCAACAACAGUUCAGGCGAGAUCUCACUAGUGGCGGUUACGGCGUAAGAAACGACGGAUUAUUAUACAAUUCAAAUUCGAUGACGGUGGAAGGAAUUUUACACGAUACUUUCGCAUCAGAUCCACCAGCACCAACGGAAUCUUCACUUCUAGAUGCUUCGAUAACUCUGAUGGAUGCUUCUCCAGCACCAAUGGAGAUAACAACGACGGUUUCUGAUGUUGUGGAUCACGACGGCGGAGGGACGGAGACGACGCGUGGUGGGAAGAGUGUUGAUGAGGUUUGGAGAGAGAUGGUAUCAGGAGUAGGGAAAGGUAUGAAGGAAGAGACGCAAGAAGAGAUAAUGACGUUAGAGGAUUUUCUAGCGAAAGCUGCGGUGGAAGAUGAAACAGCGACGGCGGAGGAUUUAGAUGUGAAGAUUCCGCCGACGACGAAUUACGGAUUCGAUUAUUCUGCGCCGCCGCAUAAUCCGUUUCAGAUGAUUGAUAAAGUGGAAGGAUCAAUUGUUGCGUUUGGGAAUGGUUUAGAUGUUUAUGGUGGAGGAGGAAGUGGAGGAGUGAGAGGGAAGAGAGCGAGAGUGAUGGUUGAGCCAUUGGAUAAAGCAGCUGCACAGAGACAGAGAAGGAUGAUUAAGAAUCGUGAAUCUGCGGCUAGGUCUAGAGAGAGGAAACAAGCUUAUCAAGUUGAGUUAGAAGCUUUGGCUGCGAAGCUUGAGGAAGAGAAUGAGUUGCUUUCUAAGGAGAUUGAAGAGAAGAGGAAAGAGAGAUACCAGAAGUUGAUGGAGUUUGUGAUUCCUGUGGUUGAGAAACCGAAGCAGCAACCACCGCGGUUUUUACGCAGGAUUCGGUCUUUGGAAUGGUGAUAAAGGUAUAGACUUUUGAGGAUUUUAGGAUUUCUAAGGUUACUUUGUGUAUGUUGUGUGUGAGAGAGUAUUCAUAAUCUGCAGUAGAGUGUAAUGAUUAUGGUUAAUAACUUAAAUAUUAUAUAUAUUUGCAUAUGUUA